AUGGCCAAAAUAAAUGACACCCAAAUCAUAGAAUUCAUUCUCCAGGGAUUUUCUGAUGAUCUGAACUUUCAAUCAGGACUUUUUGGAAUAUUUUUGCUAAUCUAUACUAUCACAUUAAUCGGCAACAUGAUGAUCAUUGCCACAGUGACCUUAGAGCUUCAGCUUCAGUCUCCCAUGUAUCUCUUUCUCAGAAGCUUGUCUCUUACCGAGAUUGUCUAUAUAUCAGUGACCGUCCCACGAAUACUCAAAGACAUUUUAAGCAAAAACAGAGCUAUUUCUUUUAUAGGAUGUGCUGCUCAACUCUAUUUCUUCUGUUUUCUUGGUACCACAGAAUGUUUCACUCUUGCAUUUAUGGCCUAUGACAGAUAUGUGGCCAUCUGCCAUUCUCUUCGUUAUACAACUAUAAUUACAAACAAAAAGUGUAUUGAUCUUUUAGUGGGAUCAUGGCUCGCUGGGAUGCUUCUAUCACUGGGUCAAAUUUCCUAUGUUUUCAGCCUCCCCUACUGUAAGUCAGGCAUAAUUGACCAUUUCUUCUGCGAUAUACUACCUGUGGUGAGGUUAGCUUGCGCUGAUACUUUUGCAAAUGAAAUUGCCAUUUUGAUAUACAGUUCAUUGGUCAUACCCUUACCCUUCUUGCUUAUUUUAGUAUCAUACAUUCAUAUUAUUGUUACUGUGCUAAAAAUACCUUCUGCAGUUGGCAGGAAAAAGGCAUUUUCUACAUGUGGAUCUCACCUAACAUCAGUCAGCUUGUUCUAUGGAUCAGCAACUUUAACAUAUCUAAGAACUAAAUCAACUGAUACUUAUGGGGGGAAAAUGUGGUCACUUUUAUAG